UUGGUACCAUCACUUUGUACGAGUGUACAAUGGGAUUCGAUGAGGUGUACGGUCAAAUUGGACAAUUUGGUGCAUAUCAGAGAAGAGUGUUAAUCUUUCUCAGUAUAAUAUGCAUGUCAGCUGGUUUUUACGCAUUUUUUCCUGUGUUUGGAGACACGGAACCGCAGGCAUGGUUUUGCCGUGGAACAGAAGAUCAAACGGACAAAGGCAUGAAUGAGGAUGAGAAAUGCAAAUUAUGGAGUAACGGUGGAUGUCUACCAAACUAUCAAGCUGAGAGAGAGUCAACAGUGACUGAGUGGAAUUUGAUUUGUCAUGAUCACUGGAAGAAAGGAUUACCUGUUUCUGCGAUGUUUGUUGGUGUUGGUGUUGGAUCUUGGCUAUCAGGCUAUCUCUCAGAUUGUUUUGGUCGAAGGCUUGUAGCACUGUGGAGUUUUGCUUUGGCUACAUUGGCUUGCUUUCUUACUGCAUUUACAUGGAGUUUAAUGACAUACACAAUAGCUCGCUUUAUUCAGGGAGUUGUAGCUGCUGGUUUAGUUCCAGUACCUUUUGUAUUGAUAGGAGAGCUUGUUGGAGCUUCAACAAGAGAGAUGUGUGGAAAUGUGCUGCAGGCAAUGUUUGCUGUUGGAAUGUUGAUCCUUUGUGGACUUGCCCUGAUGAUCAAGAAUUGGCGGACUCUUGCAAUAGUAUGCUCUUUACUAGCCUCUAUAUCGAUUCCUAUUCUUUGGAGACAAAUUCCUGAGUCUCCAAGAUGGCUUUUAUUGCAAGGUCGCAAGAGUGAAUGUGAUCAGCUGCUUAAGUUAAUUGCAGUCACAAAUGGUGCAUCUGGGGUAGACAUUGAUGUGGAUAGUACAGAGACAAACAACAGCAAUGGAGGUGAACAGCUGAAAGAUGGAGUAGUGGACCUGUUCAAGAAUUCAGUAAUGCGACGAAGAAUCAUAGUCAUGUUAUUGUAUUGGUUUGCAGCAUCUCUGAAUUAUUACGGAUUGUCAAUGAAUGCAAGUGUUGGUUCAAACAUGUAUGUCAGCUUCUUUUGUGCGUCAAUUGUAGAGUUUCCAAGUUAUAUUGCAUCUAGCUGGUUACUACGACUGCAAGGACGACGUAAAAGCACUGCUUUCUUUACUGCACUUGGUUGCUUGUCUUUGUUAGUGUGUGUAUUCCUCGUAUCAGGGAAUGUAUCACGUGAUAGUACCUUACUAUCAUUUAGUAUGUUGGCCAAGUUUGGGCUUGGAUCUACAUUUGCAAACCUUUACGUUUAUGGAGGUGAACUGGCACCAACAUCAGUGAGAAAUAUGACGAUUGGGAUACUGUCAAUUGGUGCAAGGGUUGGAGGAGUUGUGCUGCCAUUUGUUAUGAUGUUGGAUAAGAUCUCCAAGUCAUUGCCGUAUGCAGUGUUUGGUGUGUCAGCUCUACUGGCCUUACUAGCCGGACUACUUCUACCAGAGACAAUGAACAAAGAACUGCCACAGACAUUGGAUGAUUUACUGGAUGAUUAGAGAGACUACGCUGACAUCUAUUAAAUAUAUAUGGCAACAUUUUUGUGAGUACAAUAAUGCAAUGUGACACUAAUUAAUUUGCAAAUUAGAAAUUGAACAGUACUGACAGAAGUUUUCAAGAAUCAGAGGAAACUAAGUUGAAA